CGGCACCGGUUCUCACCUUCUUCAUGUCUCCACGUGUGUGUGUUUGUGCUGCUGUGUGGCUGGUUGGACUGGUUCCUGACGUCACUCUGAAGGUGGAUUCAAACGGCGUCCUCACAUCAGACACCCACAGAAAGACAGCAGGACUGAGCGGAGCAACAUGAAGCUGAUCUGAGGUGAAGUCUGAUUUGAUUGAAUCAGAGAGAAAUGAAGCUGUGUGUGAACUGCAAGAACAGAGAAUCAACCAAUCAGGCCUCUCAUUAUGAAGCACAAAUUAUCAAUCGUUGGAGUUUUCACCCACGAACAGGGAACGUCAGCUGAGAUUAUACCGUCGUGAGACAGAGUCAAACAUCUCACCUGAAUCAAACAUGUCAGCUCCUCACCGUGGUCUUUCCAGGGACUCUAUGAACACAGAGUGAAAGAUCAGUGAGAUAAAUCAGACUCUUCACAAGGUUAAAGAUGAGCUCAGAUCCAGAAGUCCUCCUGGGAAUUCUGGAUCAUUUGUUAAUAGAUGAAUUUAAAAGGUUCAAGUUCCAUUUGAGCAAUAUCGGGGUCUUUGAAGGAUGCAGAGCAAUCCCAGCAGGACGACUGGAGACAUUGGACAAGCCAGACACAGCGAGUCGGAUCCACCAGACCUACAGCAAUCAUGCUCCUGAACUCAUGAAACUGGUUUUAGAGAAAAUAGGGAAAAAGCUUACAUGGGAUAAACACAUCAUAAACAUCUCACAACCUGAAGAGGAAUACCAUCCUGAAGAGGUUAAUUUGUCAGCAAAAUCUCAGGAGAGUCAAGAGAAACUCAAGUCCAACCUGAAGAAGAGGUUCCAGUGUGUGUUUGAGGGAGUCGCGAUACAAGGACAGCCGACCCUCCUGAACCAGAUUUACACAGAGCUCCACAUCACAGAGGGAGGGGCUGCAGAGGUCAAUCAGGAACAUGAGGUCAGACAGAUUGAAACAGCAUCCAGGACAACAGACAGAGCAGAAACAAGCAUCAGACCAGGAGACAUCUUUAAAGGCCCACCUGGAAGAUCUCAACCAAUCAGAACAGUGCUGACAAAGGGAGUGGCUGGCAUUGGGAAAACAGUCCUGACACAGAAGUUCACUCUGGACUGGGCUGAAGACAAAGACAACCAGGACGUCCACUUCAUUUUCCCAAUCACUUUCAGAAAGCUGAAUCUCCUGAAAGAAAAGAAGUUCAGCUUGGUGGGACUUGUUCAUCACUUCUUCAAUGAAACCAAAGAAGCAGGAAUCCGCAGCUUUGAAAAAUUCCAGGUGGUCUUCAUCUUGGACGGUCUUGAUGAGUGUCGACUCCCUCUGGACUUUGACAAGACUGAGAUCCUGACUGAUGCUACAGAGUCCACCUCAGUGGAUGUUCUGCUGAUAAACCUCAUCAGGGGGGAACUGCUGCUCUCUGCUCGCCUCUGGAUCACCACACGACCUGCAGCAGCCAAUCAGAUCCCUGCUGACUGUGUGGACAUGGUGACAGAGGUCCGAGGGUUCACUGACCCCCAGAAGGAGGAGUACUUCAGGAGGAGGUUCAGAGAGGAGGAGCAGGCCAGCAGGAUCAUCUCCCACAUCAAGACCUCCCGAAGCCUCCACAUCAUGUGUCACAUCCCGGUCUUCUGCUGGAUCACUGCUACAGUUCUGGAGAAGGUGUUGAAGAGCAGAGAGGGAGGAGAGCUGCCCAAGACCCUGACUCAGAUGUACAUAUGCCACCUGGAGGUGCAGGCCAAAAUUAACAAGGGAAAGUAUGAUGGACGAGCUGCCACAGAUCCACACUGGAGUCCAGAGAUCCGGAAGAUGAUGAAGUCUUUGGGAAAACUGGCUUUUGAUCACCUACAGAAAGGAAACCUGAUCUUCUAUCCAGCUGACCUGACAGAGUGUGGCAUCGAUCUCGAAGCAGCCUUAAACUACUCAGGAAUGUUCACACAGAUCUUUAGAGAAGAGAGAGGUCUAUGCCAGGACAAGGUGUUCUGCUUCAUCCAUCUGAGCAUUCAGGAAUUUCUGGCUGCUCUUCAUGUCCAUCAGACCUUCAUCAGGUUGGGUAUCAACCUGCUGGAAAAGAAACAAACCACCAGGAGGCCAAAGCUGUUUAUGAAGACACCUAAACUCCACCAUCUCCAUCAGAGAGCAGUGGACGAGGCCUUGAAGAGUCCAAAUGGACACCUGGACUUGUUCCUCCGCUUCCUUCUGGGUCUUUCACUGCCAACCAAUCAGAGUCUCCUUCGAGGUCUGCUGACACAGACAGGAAGUAGCUCACAGACCAAUCAGGAAACAGUCCAGUACAUAAAGGAGAAGCUGAGUGAGAGUCUGUCUGCAGAGAGAAGCAUCAAUCUGUUCCACUGUCUGAAUGAACUGAAUGAUGGUUCUCUGGUGGAGGAGAUCCAACAGUCCCUGAGAUCAGGAAGUCUCUCCACAGAUAGACUGUCUCCUGCUCGGUGGUCAGCUCUGGUCUUCAUCUUACUGUCAUCAGAAGAAGAUCUGAAGGAGUUUGACCUGAAGAAGUACUCUGCUUCAGAGGAGGCUCUUCUGAAGCUGCUGCCAGUGGUCAAAGCCUCCAACAAAUCUCUGUUGAGCAGCUGUGGUCUGUCAGAGAGAAGCUGUGGAGCUCUGUCCUCAGUUCUCAGCUCUCAGUCCAACAAUCUGACACAUCUGGACCUGAGUAACAAUGAGCUGCAGGAUUCAGGAGUGAAGCGUCUGUCUCUUGGACUGGAGAGUCCUCACUGUAAACUGGAAGCUCUCAUUCUGUCAGGGUGUCUGGUCUCAGAGGAAGGCUGCGCUUCUUUGGCCUCAGCUGUGAGAUCCAAGUCCUCCCAUCUGAGAGAGCUGGACCUGAGCUACAACCAUCCAGGAGAUGGAGUGGAGAAGCUGUUUGCUGCAGUGGAGGAUCCACACUGCUCACUGAAGACUCUCAGGUUGAGCUGCUGUGGUCUGUCAAAGAGAAACUGUGGAGCUCUGUCUUCACUUCUCAGCUCUCAGUCCUCCAGUCUGACAGAUCUGGACCUGAGUAACAAUGACCUGCAGGAUUCAGGAGUGAAAAUGCUGUCUUUUGAACUGGAGAGUCCUCACUGUAAACUGGAAGCUCUCAGUCUGUCAGGGUGUCUGGUCUCAGAGGAAGGCUGUGCUUCUCUGGUCUCAGCUGUGAGAUCCACGUCUUCUAAACUGAGAGCACUGGACCUGAGCUACAACCAUCCAGGAGACUCAGGAGUGAAGGAGCUGUCAGCGGCAGUGGAGGAUCCACACUGCUCACUGGAGACUCUCAGGGUGGACCAUGAUGAACAGCAGAGGCUCAAACCUGAUCUGAGGAAGUAUUUCUCUCAACUUCAAGUGGAUGAAAACUCAAUGAACAGAAACCUCAAACUGUCCAACAACAACAGGACGGUAACAUAUGUGGAGGAAAAGCAGCCGUAUCCUGAUCAUCCAGACAGAUUUGAUGACUGGACUCGUCAGCUGCUGUGUAGAAAUGUUCUGAGAGGUCAAUGUUACUGGGAGGUCGAGUGGAGCAGAGAUGUUUAUAUAUCAGUGAGUUACAGAGGAAUCAGAAGGAAAGGAGACAGUGAGGAGUGUUUGUUUGGAAGAAAUCAUCAGUCCUGGAGUCUGAUCUGUUCUGGGGGAUGUUACUAUGUCUAUCAUGGUAACAAUGAAACAUCCCUCUCUUCCUCCUCCUCCUCCUCCUCCUCUGGUAGAGUAGCAGUGUAUGUGGACUGUCCUGCUGGCUCUCUGUCCUUCUUCAGAGUCUCCUCUGACUCUCUGAUCCACCUCCACACCUUCAACACCACAUUCACUCAACCUCUGUAUGCUGGAUUUAGACUCUGGUCAGGUUCUUCAGUGAGUCUGUGUCCUCUGUAGGAAGGACGUGUCUCUCUCUGACAGCAGGAAGGGGGAGGAGUCUUCUGAAGGUGGGAGUGUUUAUCAUAAAGUGGGAGGAGUAAAUCGCAAAGUAGCUGUACAAAACGAGAGUUACGAAUGUAACUACGGUUCUAUGAAUCCCGGAUGACUGGGAUGUUGACUGGGAUGUCAAGCAGAGGAAUGUUGCUUUCGCGCAUGCGCAGUUCGAGUAUGUAUACCAACAAACAUCACUCGUGACCCCUGGGUGACCCAGGAACUGUAUAAGUUCGGGAUCUUGACCCAGGAACAGCUCCUACAGAAUCUUCUCGAUCACGAGGAUUCCGAGUGACAGAGCGCUCUGGCGGUCAUCCGGGAUUCAUAGAACCGUAGUUACGUUCGUAACUCUCGUUCUAUUUCAUCCCUACUGACCGCCAGAGGCAGUGCUGAAAGCUCUGAAAUGAUGAAUGCCAACUCAGUCACGAGGAAUCCCAGAGACCAACCUCACUGAGAAGCCUCUGCAGGGCCCAGUACCACCCGCAGUGCAUGCGGAGGCACAACGGCCAGCCUGUAGAACCUGAAGGAGGUGCCAGGCGUUGUCCAGAUAGCGGCAGCACAUAGCUCGUCCAGGGGCACCCCCUUCAGGGUGACCCAAGACGUGGGCACCGCCCUGGUGGAGCGGCAAUGCACACCCUCGGGCAGAGGCCGGCCUGUGACCCGGAAUGGUGAACAGUGUCCACAACCCAGUGAGACAGGCACUGCAUGGAGAGAGGAGAGCCCUUACUAGGGCCUCCAUAGAAGAUAACCGGGUGGCCAGAUGUCGGCACAUCUGCAUAGCAGCCAUGCAGCGUCCCAGAGUUCUAGCCGGGCACAAGAGCCCCGGCCGGCCCUCCGGGUCAUCCGAUGGCGCCACAUAGAGUGAGUUGCAUAGGCUGGCUGUCCUCAGCCCCGACAGCACUCCAGGAAGGAAGCGGCAGUCACAGCGUGACGCCCGCCCCAGCCGGAUACCACCGGAGACAUGCGGGGAGAAUAGACAGAGCAUGCAACUCCCCCACACACUACGCCGUGGUAAUGGCCAGCAGGAACGUCGUCCUACGCAACACCCACUGCAGGCCCGCCACUGCCAGGGGUUCAGGGAGGCUGACACAAGCUCUCCAGCACCAGAUGCAGAUCCCAGGAGGGUGCCCGUGGGGCUCUAGGGGGGCGAGCUUUAAAGCCCCCCUGAGGGAACCGACACCGCAGUGUGGCCCCCAAUCGCGCCGCCUGCAACCCAUGUAUGACGGGCAGAUACCGCCGCCACAUACACCCUCAGGGUGAACGGGGACCAGGCUCCAUUCAAAGAGACUGCAGAAGUCUAGGACCAUGGGGACCAAGCAGAGCACCGGGUCCUGCCCACGGCCGCUGCACCACUGUGCAACCAACCUCCACCUACUACCAAACAGCCGCCUGGUAGACGGUGCCCUAGCAUUCAAGGUGGUCCACCUGACAGGCUCUGAACAGCUCAGCAGCGAGUUGGGCCCCUCAGUCGCCAGGACAGGACAGAGAUAGCGAGGGCGGGGGUGCCCCACCGGCCUGAAACAGCAGAUCCCUCCUGCUGAGAAAGCACCAUGGCCUACUGUGGAACAACCUGUGGAGCAGAGGAAACCAAGCUCACCCGCAGAAAGCUUCCGUAAGCCACUGCAAACGCACAGCUCCCCUAUGGAGGCACUACACCCCUGGUGGGGGAGUCCAACAGGAGAGGGUGCCUGCCAGCGCCAUGAGGCCCCUGCAGGUACACAAUCUGGCCAAACAGGUCGCCGACCACCACAGCCGGGUCUGUAGAAAGCCUGAGGAAGGGUCAUCAACAGAUACAGGCUCCAGGCCGACACCAAGAGCACGGCUCGGUAGGGCAAGUGCGAGAAGCUGAGGGAAGGGGGCGUACGCCACCUGCACAGCCAGUGCAACAUCACCAUGCCAGCAAAGUAGCGGCGCCACAUCCGGGAGAGGGAGUGGCUGUAUGGCAACCCCAACUCCCGUCCGUCCGACCAGACAUCACCUGCUUGGAAGCCAACACCACGUGGGAACCACCACCACCAAUAGGAGGGGAAGCAGCACAUGUGGCCUACAACCCAUGGCUAACCAAUGCCAGCCCUGCCGCCAUCAGCGAGGAUCGUGUGGAGUGCACGAAUAGUACACUGUCGAGGAGGGGGAAUGGCUGCCCAGCAACUCCCGCCUCCAUCAGCCCCCAUAGCAGCGCCACCUGCCAGAGUGGGCGGUGCACCGCAAAUCACCAGCUUACCCGCUCAGAGAGCCACCCCGAAGUGGAGUGCUCGGUGGCCUCCUGCUCUGUCCGCCACCCUCAUAAUGCCACCCACCGGAACGGUGGGGAAAGAACGGUGAGAGAAAGGCAACCGCCCCAAAGGGGAGGCCCCCUGACUACCCCCAGCAGCAGAAGAGACCUGCGCCUGCCCAGUAGUUCACGGCGCAUAGGGCCUGUAGCCACCGUCCAUGCACAGGUUGUCCGACAGCGCCUCCCUGAGGUGAACAGGACCAAGGCAACUGAGACAGCGGUCAUGGGCGCUCCACAGGUAACACCAUGGUGAGAACCACUACGUCCUGUCUGCAAGAGGUGGCUGGCCUCCUACACACAUCACAGGCUAGCUGCUUAGCCGAGCUAGCGGCCGUACGCCGCCACCCGCCAUGUGAGGUGCCAACCGUGCAGCGGCGCUGGCACCUCAGAUGGAGGGGAGCUUAAAUGCUGCUUCACAACAGUCAGAAGCACAGUAUCACAACAGCCAGACCGCUGCUCACUUCCUGAAGCUGGGAGAGGGACGCGAGCGGUGUGCCUGAGCCCCAGUAACACCGACCACGCUAUAACGGCCACGGUCAUCAUGUUCCAAACAAACCCGGGGGGAGCGAGCCGCAACCCCCCCAUCGGUCAGGAAGAGUAGUAGAUUCAGCAACCUCACUGUCUGCCCGGAGCUUAUGAAUGAAUCUCUCACUGCAGGCAACGCUGCCUCAGCAUCGCCGAGUAAGUGAACGGGACCGCAACACGUCACAGCCUUUGGAGGGCAUCAGCAGCUCCAACCCUCAUGGUCACAAGGCUCCCAGCGACGGUGCAUCAUGAUGCCGCACAGGCAUGUCCCGCAAUCCACAAUGUGUACGAACUGUAUGUGAGAAGAAAAAAGAAGCCAAUCCUGGGGGGAGACCUGAAAUUAUACAGUUCCUGGGUCACCCAGGGGUCACGAGUGAUUGUCGGUAUACAUACUCGAACUACGCAUGCGUGAAGGGAACAUUUCAGUGCUUCAAGCACCUCCUCUGGCGGUCAGUAGGGAUGAAACAGAACAUUAGUUUUUUUCUUUGUUCUAUUUUGUGUUGUGUGGAAGUCUGUCACCUGCUGCCCAGGAGGAGCAAUGAAGUUACAGCAGGGAUCACAAUGAGGUUUGUCUACAGGAAGAACUAAAUGAAGCUGGUGGAGCAAAAGAAUAAAGUGAGAGGAUCCUCUCUAUUUGAGAAGAAAAAAGAAGAACAUGAACGAUGCAUGGCAUUCAUUGAAUGAUGUCCUGAAAAAAUACCAGGGGUAGAACAAAUUAGUUCUCCACAGUAAUUUACUAGUAUUGAUCAACACAGUGACCGUAUGAAUGCCAUUUUGUAAAUGUUGGAAAUCAACUCAGAAUUUAUGGAAGUAAAUCAUUUGUUGUCUGAUUUUCUUUUUUUUUUUUUUUUUUUUUUUUUUUUUUAAUAUUUUUUUAUUGGUGUGUUAAAUACAAAUCAAAAUGUUAGCAACAACAAAUGUCACACCUAUAUUUUCCCAUUUUGUACAGAGGUGUCAACAGAACAAAACAAACCCAAAAACAAAAGAGAAAAAGAAAAAAAAAAAAAAACCCAAAAUGCUACACAUAUUUACAGAAAAACGUCAGUGACAUUAAAAUAAUAAGAACAAUGCCAUUCCUUAAAAUAAUAAUGAAAAAAAAAAAAAAAAAAAAAAAAAAAAAAAAAA